AAAUGUGAGUGCGAACCGCGCACGACUGAAUGCAGCUUGCACAUGUGGAUUAUGUUACACCAGAGAAUUCUCGUUUGCUUUUGCACAUUCGCUUAUAUUAGCUUCGUUGUACAGGGGGCUUUAUACCUGGCAGCAUUUCUGGCCAACAUGUUACGACCUGUCUGCUCAGGUGUGAAGUGCGGAGACAGAUCACUGCGUGUGCGGCAAGAUUUGUCUAUGCAGACGUAAUGUGGCCGAAACACCUCCCUAGUUCCUACCGCUGCGCAUAUAACGCAUCUAAUUUUUCAUGUUUGUGUCUGAAUAUAUGUACAGAAAUACGGAAUGUAACAGUUGAUGUUCAUGUAAUAUACUUCUUGACGUAAUCGCUGUGGAUAAAAUAACACUAUAAAACAUCUAAGCUUCAACGAUGGUUCCUGUGUGAGAUGUAAGGGAUUGUCGUUUAUUGUUGUCGCUUUAAAAAAAUAAUAAUGGUAUCAUGAAAUUAACUCGCAGUUUUCUCAAAGACCUAAGCUGUCAUUAUUCGGGCGUUUCCUUUAGUGCCAGCACCUAUACAGAUGGACCAGAGGUUUUUCUGAAUGUCUUUGGAAGGCAGUACAAAUAGUGUUUUGAGUUUGUUGUGGUGUUGUUUGUAUUCGAAUAUUUACAUUUUAUUUGUGUUUAACUAAGCUCUAGUGUUCUAAGUAUGGUGAAGUUUGCGUAACAUGAAUAUCCGAGCGGAUGUGUUCAUGUAUAUAGUGAUGUGAGAUUCAAGAGGACCACUUCAGCAAUGGCAAAUCACUACGAUGUACCAAAUUGGGCCGGAAAACCGCCUGUCGGACUUCAUCUGGAUGUUUUAAAAGGAGAUAAACUAAUCCAGAAAUUGAUGAUAGAUGAGAAAAAGUGUUACCUCUUUGGCAGGAAUCCUCAGAUGAAUGACUUUUGCAUUGACCACGCAUCUUGCUCUCGAGUUCAUGCUGCUCUUGUGUAUCACAAGCAUUUAAACAGAGCCUUUCUGGUGGAUUUGGGAAGCACUCAUGGCACAUUCAUUGGAUCACUUCGUUUGGAGCCACAUAAGCCUACACAAUUACCAAUAGACAGUGUAUUCCAUUUUGGGGCAUCAACACGGAAUUACAUCAUUCGUGAACGACCACAAACAGGUUCAAGACCAAUCAUUGAGGAACUAGAAAAAUCUUCAGAAGAAGCUGAAGGUGGCCUCUUGGGUUUGCCAGAAACGGAAACAGAACUGGAUAAUCUUACAGAGUUUAAUACUGCACACAAUCGCCGAAUAUCUAUGCUGGGGAUUCCUGAUGAAGAAAUUCGCCCCACAACGAGGAAAAGAAAGAAGAAAUUACUGACUUUUAGUGAAGAAGAGGAAGUAAUAAAUCCUGAAGAUGUUGAUCCAUCUGUUGGUCGUUUUAGGAAUAUGAUUCACACGACUAUAAUACCAACAAAGCGUCAGAGAAUUGAUGGUGUUGGACCAACAAGUGGUCUCACAAACAGUUCAGAUGAUCGCCUGAACCUCAUGAAACACUUACAUCCUUCUGCAAUGAUGCCACAUCUGUAUCACGAUUUGCCACCUGAAGGGUCUCACCCGGUUGGUGCUGGAACACCAACAUCACCCACAGGUACAGGUAACAGUGCAAAUACUCCACUGUUGUUUUCGUCGGCACUGGCAUCGCGCUUGGGCUUGGCCUUACCAAACCCUGCUCCAGAAGUGGAGAUGGCGCCACCCCCACUUCCACCUGCUGUGCUACCUGGCCAGCCAGCUGUUGGUGCUUCUGUCGACCUUAGCCACGAACCUAAGAAGAAGAAAUAUGCUAAAGAAGCAUGGCCUGGCAAGAAGCCUGUUCCAACACUCCUUGUGUGACAUCAGCAUCUUUUUGUUCUUGUGUCAUAUACACUCUGGAUCCCAGCCAACUGGAAGGACUCCGUACACUGAAUGUAUGCAAGAAUUACAUAAUCAUUGUGAAUUGUUGUUUUGUUAGACGCCACCAGUGUAGCAUCAGGAAUUCAAAUUUGUGUAUUGUUCAUUUACUUCAUUAACAACAUAAUUUUGUUGUUCGUGGAUUGUUGUAAUGUGUUUUGUAUGCAGCUGUAGUAUGUUUCAUAUAGAGCUCGCAAUUUCCAAUGACUUUGGUUUUUUCCCUGCAUGAGCUCAUGUACGGUUCUCAUUGCUUUUCUGCUUAGUACAUUUGGUUUUGGGACUUGUUCAUGACUACAUGGAUUAUCUGAACAGUGUGCAUGAUAGUGUUUGUAUACAGUACUGUGCAUUGUUCAUAUUCUGUAAAUACAAAUACUGACUUUGUGUUGAAGCCUAUUAUAUAGGAUACCCUUUUUUAUAAGACUUUCUGCCUGCUGAAUUCUGUGAGUGUCAGUAUGUUAUGAAUACUAUUAAAUACAUUGAAAAGAGCAAUAUUGAAUGUACAGUUGGCUGCGAAUUGGGUCUGUAUAGGAGAUGAAAAGAGAACUAUAUGUGAGAAUGCACAAAUCCAUUUGUGGGUCAUCAGAGUUGCCUUAAUUCUCGGGUUCAUAUCUUCAAUCAUGAGCAGUCUUUUCUUAACACAGUUAUUUGUCAAAACAGCUACCAGAAUGGGCCUGUUCAUUACAAAUGAAGAUCUGUUUGAGUUUUGAUGUAUUCUGACAUAACUGUCUGUUGUCUUUGAAAGUGAUUUUUAAAUUUAUUUGUGCAGCUUUUGCCUUAUUUGUGGUAGAAAUGCAUUUAUAGCUAGAGCAACUAUUUUUGUCAGUAAGAAUGUUUCUCUACAACUAAGCAAUAAAGUACUUGUACAGACUGCACAGUA